AAUACCAUGUCUGUCACCUACGCAAAAGGUCCAGACCCAGCGGCCUCUAUCACUAAAGAAAGAGCCCAAACCAACUUUGAUCUCGAUGUUAUGAACAAUUUUUUGGAGGGUGGUAGUGAACAGGCUGCCUUGGUCAAGAGCACCUACCUCCAAUUCGAACGUGACCCUAUCAUUUCCUCAUCCACUGCCGUUUACGACCUUUCCAAGGAUCAAAAGCGUGAGCUCACAGCUAAGAAGAUUGCCCGCUUGGCUCAAUACUUGGAAAACGACACCCCGGAAGAAUUCUCCAAGCGUUUGCACUUGCUCAAUGCAUUCGACCCUCUGACUUCCAUCAGAAUUGGGAUCAACUUGGGGUUGUUCCUUAACUGUGUUCGUGGUAACGGUACCGAGGAACAGUUCCAGUUCUGGAUUAUCACCAAGGGCACAUUACAGUUGAAGGGGAUUUACGGGUGCUUCGGUAUGACGGAGCUUGCCCACGGUUCCAACGUUGCUGGCUUGGAAACCACCGCCACUUUUGAUGUCGGCACUGAUGAGUUUGUCAUCAACACCCCUCAUGUGGGUGCCACCAAGUGGUGGAUUGGUGGGGCAGCUCACUCUGCCACUCACUGCUCGGUCUACGCGCGUUUGAUCCUGAAGGGUGAAGACCACGGAGUCAAGACCUUUGUGGUGCCCUUGAGAGAUUCCAACCACGAUUUGAUGCCGGGUGUCACUGUGGGUGACAUUGGUGCCAAGAUGGGUAGAGACGGUAUCGAUAACGGAUGGAUUCAGUUCAGCAACGUGCGUAUUCCUCGCGCUUACAUGUUGUCUAAGUGGGACCAGGUUGAAAGAGACGGUACUGUGCACAACGGUCCGUUGGCUCAAGUGGCGUACUCCGCGCUUUUGGACGGGAGAGUCUCCAUGGUUUAUGAUUCCUUCAGAAGUGGGGCCCGUUUCGUGACCAUUGCAUUGAGAUACGCCGUCGCCAGAAGACAGUUCGGGAAGAACUCCGACGGCUUGGGUGGGGAAGAGCAGUUGUUGAACUACCCAUUGCACCAGAACAGGUUGUUGCCAUACUUGGCCGCCGUCUACGCUAUGUCU